AGCAAAUCAACCCUAAGUCACUUUUUUUUUUUUUUUUCUGAAAACACAACAGCAGACUCAGCCCCUGCUCUACCCUGUCCGCCGCCUCGAAGGAUUCAAAGCCCCUUCAACUCCGAUCUGAUCGGAGCAAAUAAGGCUCCGUCUUCCUUCUCGCAGGUGCGACGUGCGCGAAUGUGCGGGGAGAGUGACAACCACUGGCACACACGCACGGUGAGGGCCCGAUGGUUGCGGCGCCGCUGAAACUGCUACUAGGAAAACGAAGGUUUCUCUUUUGUGGACGUCGGCCAUUCAUAUCAACCCAAGGCCCGAAAGAAUUCAAAGACACUAUAUUGUGAUUCUCUCUACCGUUUCUGUUUUUGGGAUUUUUGGACUCCCUUGCUUAAUCAGAGUAUUGUGUCCAAUUCAAAAGGAUGAAGAUAGCAGUGGAAGGGUGCAUGCAUGGAGAUCUCGACAAGGUCUACGACACCAUUAAAUACAUCGAAAACACUCGCAACAUCAAAAUCGACCUCCUCCUUUGUUGUGGUGAUUUCCAGGCAGUCAGGAAUGAAAAAGAUAUGGAUAGCCUUAAUGUGCCCCCAAAAUAUAGGGAGAUGAAAUCAUUCUGGAAAUACUAUUCGGGUCAGGAGGUUGCCCCAGUUCCCACCAUUUUUAUCGGUGGAAAUCAUGAAGCUUCCAAUUAUUUAUGGAAUUGUAAGUAUUAUGGGGGAUGGGCAGCACCUAAUAUAUACUUCUUGGGGUUUGCUGGCGUUGUGAAGUUUGGCAAUAUCCGUAUCGGUGGACUUUCUGGAAUUUACAAUGCGCGUAAUUAUUGUUUAGGACACCACGAAAGGCCACCUUAUAAUGACAAUACAAUCAGAUCUGUGUAUCAUGUCCGGGAGUACGAUGUUCACAAGCUCAUGCACCUAGAGGAACCGAUUGAUAUUUUCCUUUCACACGAUUGGCCGCUCGGCAUCACUGAUUAUGGGAACUGGCAACAACUUGUUCGCUACAAAAAACAUUUCAAAGAUGAGAUCCAGCAAGGAACUCUUGGAAGCAAGCCUGCUGCACAGCUGCUCGAAAAACUCAAACCAGCGUAUUGGUUUUCAGCUCACUUGCACUGCAAAUUCACUGCUCUUGUUGAACAUGAAGAGGGUGGUCGAGUGACAAAAUUUCUUGCACUCGAUAAAUGCCUUCCAGGGCGCAAGUUCUUGCAGAUUGUUGAUAUUGAAUCUGAUCCAGGACCUUAUGAGGUUCAGUACGAUGAAGAAUGGCUGGCAAUAACACGGAAAUUGAAUUGUGUCUUUCCUUUGACCCUCCGACGUGGAGACUUUGGGAGAACACAGCUCGACAUGCAAGAUUGUCGUCAAUGGGUUAAGAGCAGGAUGGAAGACAGAGGAGCCAAACCUUGUGAAUUUUCUCAAACAGCUCCACCUCACAAACCCUCUGAUUCAGUUUCAAACACUACUUUUUCUGGUUCUUCCCGUAAUUCUCAGACUCUAUCUUUUUUGGAAUUGCUAGAUCUUCCUUAUGUUCUUGAUAAUGCAUUGGACUCCAGGGAUACUCCUGUUUCAUUGCCUCAAAAGGAUGAUUACAGCGAAGACAUUCCCAUUGAAGACGAGGAUGAUCUAGAAGAUGCAGAACCGAAUAAUGAAAACUGGUCCUCAUGAAUGUGAAUAAUGUUUUCUAUCAACCAAGAGGUUUAUUAGUGCAGAAAGAUUGAUGGCAAUAUCUUGCAAUUCUGGUUCACAGAUUUUAGUGCUCGGUUCGAUAGUUUUAUUGUCCAGUUUAGCUUUUUUACUUGUUUGAACCGGGCUACCUGCUGUACGUAUUCCAGGCAGGGAUAUCCCAUUCUACGGAUACCCCGGCUGGGAUAUCCUGCAUUACGGGUACACCGAUUUGUGGCUGUUUUGCUUCGGAUCUAUCCCGAUUUGGGUCUUUUAAAAAAAAAUAUUUAUAAAAAAUAAUAUAAAAAAUUAAUACGGAA